AAUGAUUGGGGAGGAGGAGAAGAGAGGGAAAAGAAGAGGAGGAGGAGGUGGGGGAGGAGGGGCAGAGCCUUCAGCCCUGCUUAUAAAACCACUUCACCCUCUCUCUCCCUCACUCACUCACUUCCACUCACACAAGUGGCGCGUGUCAGAAUCUUCUUCAUCUUCGUCUUCAUCCUCAUCCUCAACCUCAUCCUCAUCCUCACACACCUGGAACACCUGGCCAAAGGAAAUCCGCUCAGAGGACUAAAACCCGGCCGCUGCUGCCUGAGAAGACAAACCUGAUGGUGUUGUCUACACUAAACAGUGUCUGUGAGGCUGACAGAGUUUGUGCUCAAGCGGAAUUCCGAUCCAUAAGUUUCCUGGAGAACCAAACUUCGGACUUCUGACGAGUGACUGAAGAGAAUGAGACGCUGCGAAGUCCAUCAGGCUCCCCUUGUGCUGCUUUUGGCUGCCGUGGUGGGGUGUGUCCAGGUGCAGGACCGCGCUGUCAUAUUGUCCAAUGAGCGGAGCACCAUAGAGAGGACGUACGAGCUGACCAAAUACCUGGACCACCAGCUGAAAGAAAUCAAAGACACUUACCUCUCAUAUCUUGGCCCUCCGUUCAGUGACCCUGGCUUCUCUCCGCCGCGCCCCAACAUCUCCUCUCUGGCAGUUCCUAGCGCAGCCACACGGGUAGAUCUGUGGCGAGGCCUGGAGAACGGUGCGCGCCUGGCACAGAACCAGCGAGCCUACAGCGUCCUGUUGAGCGCUGUGAGGGAGCUGGCCCGCUCCACACUGUGCCCCUACCUCCAGAGCUCCCUGUUGCAUUUCUGCUCUGGACUCAGCGGCCUGCUGGGCUCUAUAUCGGGCCUGAUGAACGCCCUGGGAUACACUCCACCCCUGCAUGCCAACGGACCGGCCAAUCAGAGAUACGGACCUCUGCUGACCUCUCUGCAGAGAGCCAGCGCGAACAGCCCCAUCCCACUGAGGAACAACCCGGCCCGGAACCAGGGUGGCAUGACCGCAUCAGGGGUCAGAGAGGGGACGCCUGGAGUGGACGCUGAGAGAAAGAGGGAUAGAGAAAGAGGGAGGAGAGGAAGAAGGAGAGAAGGAGAGAGCUGGGCAGAAAGAGAGGAAGAAGAGAGGGAGGAAGGUUUGGAAAGAUGGGGGAGGAGAAGGAAGCUGCUGACGGUGGAAGAAGACGAAGAUGGUCAAGGAGCUGGCCAGAGCUAUGACCAGAACAGCAGCAACAAGAACAACACCCACAUGAGCUAUUUCAGCCAAUACAGUGAGGACAAAUACAGUAACAUUAAUAGCAAUAACAGCCAGUUUCCCAUAGACGCUCUACCACAGAGAGAGAGAGUGCGAAGGACAAGUGGAGAAGAAGAAGAAGAAGAAAAACAGAGCGUCCCUGUCCUCUUCUCCUCUCCAUCCCUCCGACCAGUGCGCUCAGGACGCGCCCUCCCUCCUCCCUCGACCUUCUCUCCCCUCACACUCCUAUACUCAGACGCGGAGGUUCCUGGCUCGCUGACCACGGGACGUCCUGCACUGAACGACUUCACACGGAAGGUGGAGGGCUUCUGGGUGCUGCGGGAGCUGCAGAGCUGGCUGUGGAGGUCCGCCAAAGACUUCACCAGACUGAAGAAACGACUGCGUGUAUGA